AUGAUCUACUACGGCAACUACUAUGGAGGCUAUGGCUGUGGAGGGCUUGGCUGUGGCUAUGGCAGCCUGGGCUGUGCCUACGGUUAUAGAUAUGGCUGCUGCCGCCCAUCUUGUUAUGGACAAUAUUGGUCAUAUGGAUUCUACUGA